GGAUGUUCUCUCACUGGAAUUGUAUCUUGCUGCUCGCACAACUUACCACCACAAUAGCAUUUCCAAAAGUGCAAAAAAUCAAUGAACGACCCAUUAUUGGAAUCCUAGCACAAGAAGUUACUGAUAAAGUCUUCUUCCCAUUUGGUAAAACAUACAUUGCAGACUCGUAUGUUCACUUUCUGGAAUCAGCUGGCUGUCGGGUGGCUCCAAUCCGAUUAAAUUUGAAUGAAGACGAAUAUGUAAAGAUUUUCAAGUCCAUCAAUGGCGUCCUAUUUCCUGGAGGAGCUGCUGAUCUCCUGACCUCCGACUUUGCAAGAACAGCAAAAAUAUUUUACAAACUGGCUAUUGAGGCAGCUUCCUCUGGUAAUUAUUUUCCAGUUUGGGGAACCUGUAUGGGAUUCCAGAUUCUUACCGCACUCACCUCAGGGGAGGAUUUACUAAGCCCCACAUCUGCCGAUAAUAUCUCAUUACCACUUCAACUGAUUAACGAUAUCUCCUCCAGCAAAAUGUUCCAAAGUGCUUCCCCAGAAUUAUUGCAGGCUCUGAGCCAUGAAAACAUAACCGCAAACUUCCACCAUUUUGGGAUUACACCGGAGACGUUUCUAGCCAAUGAGAAGCUGUCUAACUUUUACCGAAUUCUUUCUACAAACCGUGAUAAGAAGGGAAUGGAGUUUGUGUCUACAAUGGAAGCUCGUAAUUUUCCUAUAUACGGCGUUCAGUGGCAUCCAGAGGUGAAUCGCUUCCAGUGGCACAGAGACUUAGCGUAUCCACAUUCUGAAAAUGCAAUAUGGAUUUCACAGUACAUGGCAAACUUCUUCAUCUCUGAAGCUCGGAAAAAUCUGAAUCACUUUGCUAAUGAACAGGAAGAGGAGAAAUCUCUGAUCUAUAACUAUGUUGCCCAAUAUACUGCCAAUAUUAGUGGAUAUGAACAAGCCUAUUUUUUCUAGAUUUUACCAGAUGUCAUGCACUAGUGGAUUUUGUUUAAAUAUAUCCAUUGCUAUAUAUAGAUGUAUAAUAGUACACGUUUUAUGGUCAAGAAGUAACUGUAAAUACUGUAUAUGAGGAUUAUGGAGAAAUUUAAUGUUAUAUUCUGGAGAGAUUUUUAGGUAUAAUUAAAAUGCAGAAAUACAUGUAAGAAGGAUGUCUGACAAUGUUUAACGGUUUGCUGAAGAAAGGUUAAAAGGGAUCUGUCACUACUCACCACUGAAUAAAACAGUGAAAAU